UGGUGUAGCAAUCGACUAUAUAGAAUAUAUAGCCAAAAAAAAACAGAGAGUACGUACAGUACAACAGCAUCUAUAUAUAUAUUCAGCCUGAUUCCUGAACAUAGAGACCAAGGGAAUUAAUCGGUACCGAUUAAAAUAACAGCAACCGAUGGCAACUGAUCACCACAAGAGAAUAAUAUUAUUUCCCCUGCCUUUCCAGGGUCAUAUCAAUCCCAUGCUUCAGCUAGCAAACAUUCUACAUGCCCAUGGAACUUUUAAAAUAACUAUCGUACACACCGAAUACAACUCUCCGCCAAACCAAUCAAACUAUCCUCACUUCACCUUCAAGUCCAUCAAGGACAACUUCUCCGAGAUCGUAAAUCAGUUGGCUUGGAACCCAGACUCCAGCUUUUACCUUAAGCACCUAAAUACAAGCUGUGUAGAUCCUUUUAGGGAAUGUCUUGCCGGGUUGUUAAGAGAAACCGAUAAAGAGCCGGUUGCUUGUGUGAUCACAGAUGCUGGAUUCUACUUCACGCAGGCUGUUGCGGAUGAGCUGAAGAUUCCUCGGAUGGUGCUCCGGACAAGCUGUCUUGGCUGCGUUCUUGCUUAUACCCGUUUACCCUUUCACUCUAAGAUGGAUUGCUUUAAACUUACAAAAGAAGAUUCACAAUAUGAAUCAUCAGUGGAAGAAUAUCCAAUUAUGAAAUAUAAAGACAUCGCAAAGAUCACUAUCAACCCACAAGGCACGGGGGACUUCGUCGGCAACAUGCUUAAUGAGAUGAAGGCGUCAUCAGGAAUCAUUUGGAACACCUUCAAAGAACUCGAAGAAUCACAACUAGACACGAUUUCGCUAGAUUUUAAGGUUCCAAACUUCACCUUGGGCCCAUUCCACAAGUACUUCCCUGCAUCAUCGAGCAGCUUGAUCCAACAAGACCGAACCAUUCUUUCGUGGCUAGACACCCAGCCUCCCAAGUCGACCAUAUACGUAAGCUUUGGAAGUCUUGCAAAUAUAACCGAGUCCGAAUUUCAAGAGGUGGCUCAUGCGUUGUUUAAAAUUGGUUUGCCAUUCUUGUGGGUGGUUCGACCUGGAAUGGUCCGUGGCUCAGAGUGGAUCGAGUCAUUACCUGAAAGGUUUCUAGAAAGAGUGGGUGACAGGGGACGAAUAGUGAAAUGGUCUCCUCAACAAGAAGUCCUAGCCCAUCCAGCCACCGGGUGUUUUUGGACACAUUGUGGAUGGAAUUCAACACUAGAGAGCAUUUGUGAAGGAAUUCCUAUGAUUUGUUCACCGUAUUUUGUAGACCAACCAAUAAAUGCGAGAUACGUGAGCGACGUAUGGAAGAUUGGCGUGUACUUAGAGGAUGGGCUUGAAAGGGUGGGGAUCGAGACGGCCAUCAAAACAGUUAUGAUGAGUAAGGAAGGUGAAAUGAUGCGGGAAAGAAUAACUUCUUUGAAGGAGAAGCUAAAUAACUCUCUCCUUGAUGGUGGUUCUUCUCAUCAAUCAUUGAUAAACUUGGUUGAUUAUAUUUCAACACUCUAAUUAAAAUGAUAAAAUUACAUAUGGUUCACAUGUACGUAAUUUGUACCACAAGUGUUUGUUAUAACAAUUUAAGUUUACAGAAAAAUAAUAUUAAAGAAAAGGGUUUAUUUUCUUUACA